AUGUCCCGGUUCUCUUUUUCUUCUUCCGACAGAUUAUUGAUGCAUGAUGCAAACCAUCAACCAGUGGGGGCGUUGCGGGACUGGCUCUGUCAAAUUCUCUCCUUUAGCCCACCCUUGCAGGUUAAGUUGAAAAAGGAAUACCUUGAAAACAGGCGCUCCAUUGAUAGUCUGACUGAGAAUGAUCUCUGGAAAAACAUAAGAUUUGCUCUUUCCACCUUCCCCAAGGCCUACUGCGUCACAGAUGCCUUGGACGAGAUGGACCAAGGCAACGAUGACUUUCUUCACACUCUGGUCGAGCUGGGCCACUGGCACCCUGCGAAUGUUAAAGUCCUCAUUCUCUCGCGUCCGGUUGUUGCAGUGGAGUCUCCCCUACGGCCAUUUCUUGUGCCGUCUGUUCGUCUAGAAGAAUCCCUUGUUGAUAUCGACAUUGCUACGUACGUGAAGUACCGACUUCAAAAUUCCUCCGUACCUGAGAGAUACUGGAAUCUUAUAACCGAAGCUGUUCCCGGUCGUGCGAAUGGUCUGUUUUUACAUGCCAGGCUUUCAAUGGAUGCCUUCUUGAAGCCCGGCGCCGAUGUCCAAGACGUACUCAUGAAGUUGCCUGCAGACCUGAACGUGAUGUAUAACGACUUGUUACGCGAGCAUACAAAACGCUCGAACGUUCCCGACGACCUUCAGCUGCUCAUUCUUCAGUCUAUCACCCAUGCAACUCGCCCCCUUCGUCUUUUGGAGGUGGCUGAGCUAAUCAAAGCUACCCAUGCUCCAGUUGGAAACUGCAGCUUGAAAGAGAUCAAAGAUCUAGUCCGAGCUGCCUGCGGCCCACUGCUCCAGAUUUUGCAUGAUGAGACUGUCUCGGUCGUUUAUCACUCAUUCACUGAGUUCCUCAAGGGGUUCACUCGCUCCACUGUCCAUUAUAGUUCUACUUACCCUGUUCUGGAGGCCGGCCCGACUAACCAGCAUCUUGCCAUAGCAUGCUUAGACUAUCUCACGUCUGGCUGCCUAGACAAACUUGAGAUCAAGAAACGCACAAAUCAGAGUGAGUUUUUCUUCCCGAAAAAAGACGAGCAGAGUGGGAUUCGCUUUCGAUUUCCAUUCCUCGAAUACGCAGCGCACAAUUAG